AUGCCCGUCAUCUCGAGACCGAGAGGUGUGACGUCAUCAGGGUCAGGCGGACGAGGAACAUCGUCCACGUCGGCGACAACGACCGCCACGUCGACUACCGUAAUCGUCAACGACUUGAACGACGACAUCUCUGUGACGUCCGCGAGCUUCACCCUUCUGCGCGACAAUGAGCCACUGCCUCCGGAACACCAGGAGCUGAACGUGAAGGCGCUGCAGCGCAAGCUGAUGGAACUGAAGGCCGAGAAGGAAGGCGUCCCACUCUUCACCAAGACCAGGAAGUACAACAACAACAACAAUAACAAUAACCGGAUCACGCGGUCACAGAACAACAUCUCGGACCCCAAGAAGAAGAGCAACGUCGCAGGGGAGAAGGUGCUGAGCAAGUCGGUGAACAACCUGAGCGCCAGCCUGGUGAGCAACAACGCCGGGCACAAGGGCUAUCACCGCAACUGCUACACGAGCGCGGGCCCGGCCGACUACUCCUACUUCCACCUGUACGGCAGCAUGGCGGCGGCGGCCGUCGCCAAGCACAACAACUACCGCAACAACCUGCAGAACGGCGCCGCCGGCGCGCAGACCGAGUCGCCCAAGCUGGGCAGGGAGCGGCCCAUGUUCGUGACGACGGUCAAGUCGGGCUGCUUCCUGGAGCCGCCGCCGGAGCUGGCCGCGCUGCUCGGCCUCCCCAGGGCUGGGGGCCUGGACCAGCGCCAGGUGCUGCUCUACUCCUUCUCCAGCCAGCCGCGGGUGCUGCCCAGCAACGCCGGCCGCCAGCAGGUGCACAAGGCGCGCUGCCCGGCGGCCGCCUUGGCCGCACAGAAGCAGCAGCAGCUGCAGCAGAAAAACGGCGAUGCCAAGAAGCAAGAUGCCGGCCCUCCGUACGCCAACAUCAUGUACGACCGCCGCGUCGUACGUGGAAGCACAUUUGCCCAGCACCCUAUCCCGCAGCCCAAGUGGAAUCCCUACUUUGGAUAUGCCAAGUUGCUGUCUAAGACGGACGGGGAGUCGCAGGCGGCGCGCCAGGCCGAGGUGCGGCGCCGGGCGCUGGCCAGGAAGCGCGCGCACGCGCAGCAGGGCCGGCUGGGGCUGCGCAUCGGCUCUCCGCCGCCGGUGGCGGGCCGCAAGCACGAGACCGUCCAGACGUCCGCCUACCUCGAGGAGAUCCUCGACCGGCCGCUGGAGGAAGACGCCUGCUGCCAGACAGACCUGUUCCUCGACCGGCCGCCGACGCCACCCUACGUACCGGCCAAGACCGGCCUCGACCAGGAGACGCAGAUAUACCCAGGAGACCUCUUCGACUUCGACUUGGAGGUGGAGCCAAUCCUGGAGGUGCUCGUGGGCAAGACGAUCGAGCAGGCCAUGAUCGAGGUGCUGUCCGAGGAGGAAAUGGCCGCCAUGCGCGCGCAGCAGCGCCGCCUCGAAGAGCGCAGGGCCGGCGAGGAGGCAGAGAUCAAACGACUGGAGGAGCGCGAGCGGCGCAUGCGCGAGGAGAAGGACCGGCGCGUCUCGCAGCUGGAGCGGGAGCUGCGCGAGCAGCAGGAGGCGGAGGAGCGGCUGGCGGCGGCCGUGCUCACCAGGGGCUACCUGGAGGACGCGCUGCCCGCCGUGCUGCGCGGGCUCAACGAGGCGGGGUACUUCAUCGACGCCAUCCGCGAGGACGUGCUGCAGAACUUCAUGCCGUGGCUGAUGAACGAGGUGCGGCAGGAGAUGGACCAGAUGGUGGCUUCGCGCCAGGUGCUGACGGACCUGGUGCGCGACAUCGUGCGCUCGCGGCGCGACAUCUACAUGGCGCUGGUGGAGAGCGACCGCCACCAGCGCUGGCUCGAGGGCCACGAGCACGAGCAGGAGUUCCAGCGGCAGCACGCCGACAGGCUCAAGAAGGAGCAGGAGCUGGCCGAGGCGGAGGCGGCCAAAGCAGAGGAGGCAGCAGACGAAGAAGAGUCCGGAGCGUCGUCUUAGUUCUCAGCAUCUCCACCGCGGCCCUUGGCGCUACUGCCUCUGGACCGCCACAGCGCUGCCAACGGACGACAGGCGAACCAUUUCGACACACCGCUCCGCCAAAUUACCGGAAAAAAAUGCCAUCGUUCGGAGAGUGCAAGCA